ACAUGCUCUUGAUCUAAACUGCACCUCGACGUAAAUUGACGGACCCAUCACUACGAAUAUUGAAUCACGCGCGAAUCUUCCCUUCUCUCUGUCGCUGCCGGAGCAAGACACGCCACCAUCGCCUCCGUUAAGACGAAGCAAUUGAUCUGUUUAACUAUUCCUCCUAAAAAGUUUAGAUUAUCAAUGACCGAUUGAUUUGUUCCAUCACGUCAAUGGCGAGUCGUUGGAAUUCUAGGGUUUCGAUUAUUUUUCUUUUCUGUUUUCCAGAACUCUUAUUGUCAGCAGUUGUUACACUCGAUUCUCUUGAAAUAUACACAACCCAUGAAUGGCUAACAUCAACACCCACAGUCUACUUUAAAUGUAAUGAGGAGAAGAAGACAGUUCUUCCAGAUGUGAAGAAGGCACACGCAGUGUAUCAUUUUAAAGGUGAAGAAUCUUUCCAGCCUCUCACGAAUUUCACAAGUAAAAAAUGCAAGAGAUGUGGGUUCUAUGAAAAGGAUCGUAUCAAAUUCGAUGAUGUGUUUGAUGAGUGGGAAUUCUGUCCUUCUGAUUUUACAUCCCCUAAUGGUAUAUACAUUCACUCCAAAGACAAGGAAUUCAAUGCCACAUUCUUGUGUGAUGAAUGCGUGAAAAAAGGUGCAGUUGAUAACUUAGAUGGUGAUUCGCAUCAUCAUAAUGAAGGACAUGGGGUGCAAUGGUAUAUAGUGAUUAUAGUUGUGAGUAUUGUGGGUUCAAUUUUAUUGAUGAUGGGAGUAUUUGUGGCAUAUAAGUAUUGGUUGAAGAGGAAAAGACAGCAAGAACAGGCGAGGUUUUUGAAACUGUUUGAAGAAGAAGAUGAUAUAGAAGAUGAUUUAGGUCUUGGUCCUCUUAGUGAUUCAAUCUGAAAAAUGUUUGAUUUACCUUUACGUGUAUAUGAAAGAAAGAAAACAGUUGAGAGCAUUUUUGUACUGAAAGAGUGGUUAUAUGGAUGGUAUUAUGAUGUGGUAAUAGUAGUUUCUAUAUACUGCAAGAGGGAAUGAAUUGAUUUGAACAAAUAGAAAACG